GCGGCUGUCGGUGCCGCUUCUGUCCACAAACAGUGCUAAUGCUACCGAAACAGACGGCCGACUGCGUUUAAAAGAUGAUUACUUUGCUCCAUUCCAUAAAAAAAAGAACUUUACAGUUAGGCCAGCUCAACAAAUGAGUUGUAGUAGUUGUAGUAUAUCUACUGGGAGUUUGGAGGACGCUUCGGCGACGAGAAAUACUUCCUGAAAGUCGUCUGUUCUCAGAGGUCAGAGAAAUAUGCCAAAGCUGGAGACCUUGGUGGAAGAUAGACUCAGAUCAGAGCAAAUGCUGCAGCUGCACCUCAAGGCCUUGAGAAAGACCCUGAGACAGCAGCUGCAGGAGACACACAGGAGACAGACAGAGGAGCUGGAGAAGAGGAUUCACCUGGAUGCUCUCCUGUCUACAGAUGUAGACAGAGAGUCUGAUGUUCAAAAAACACAUAACCAUCCGACCAAACAUGUAGAAAUGAGGAGAUCCGCCUCUACAUUUGCCAACAAAGAGACCUCCCACAGUCCUAAACAGCCUGAGAGACCUAACACAUCUUCUCCAGCCUGGGUAUCUUCAACAAACAGGAAGCAUUGUUCUGUCAGGACUCAAGAGUGUGAGCGGUUAGUUUUAUCUAAAACAACACAGCUGACCAAAGAGGAGGAGGCUGAGGCUGAGUGUCAGCAGAAGUUCUGUGCCCUCCCUGUCCCCAGCCAUGUUGUUCAGCCCAUCUACCAGGAGAUGAUGGAGCAGAGAGAGAGGGAGAGGAAGCAGAGCCAUGAGCAGAGGAGGCAAUUCUUGCUCUCCAUUCAAAAGCCUUUCCGCUUCCAGGAGAGAGAAAAAGAGAAAAGGGAGAAGCUGGUAGCAAUGUUAAACCAAGACUCACAUGAUCAGAAAAACAGUGUUACUCCUGUUAAAAAACUUCCUCACAAAGACGAGAAGGACUUGCCAGACUCUGAGCUACAAGGCCAGGAGGAAGGUUGCAGAAAAGUCCACGCUCAGACAAAACUGCAGCAGAAGAAUCCCACUUCGACCAGCUCGACAAAACUACGCACUGCUGAGCGCACCAGGAAGGAAAAACUGGGAUUCCUGGAUGAGCAGCCGAGCUUCCAGCCAAAAAUCAUCCAUCAGGUCCCCAACUUCCACAGGUUGCACAAGGCCUUGCAGACAGAGGCGCUGAAGAAGACGCAGAGUAAAGAUGUGACCAGGUGUCAGCCCUUCAACCUCAGGACCUCAGCUCUCCCUGCAAGGCAAAGUAGGAUGAGCCCAGAAACCUCACAGGCACCAAAAAUGAGUAAUCUCAGUCGAAGCAAGUCGCUUGGGGCCUUAAUAUCCAGUGCCACACUCCCCACAUACAUCACAGAUGCUACGAGGAAGCGCAGCAUGGCCAUCAGAAAGUCGAUGGAGUUGAGGGACAUUAAGAAUGAAGAGAGCGCAGACUGGAUGAGGAACCACCAGCUGAGAUCGCAAGCCAUGAAGAAAACAGUAACCCUCCAUGCAAAGCUGCUGGACCCACAUAGAAGCUUGAAAGAAGUGUUUUAUGAAAAACUACAGCACCAUCGGGAGGCUGAUCAACAAAGGAUGAGAGAGUACAUGAGAGAAUUACGGGCAAUGAAAGCUCGAGUUAGUGAACGCCCUUAUUUGUUUGAACAGGCGAAACAGAGGAACGCAAAGGCCCAUGCAGAGCAAACAUACAGGAGCACAUUGAUGAACGCUGGGCUAAAGGAGCAAUUUGUUGAAGAAAAUGGUGAGGCACUCAGAUCUGAGGAUGAUACAGACCUGAAUGACUGCAGCACUGAAAAUGACAUUCAUAGCAGGGAAGAAAAUGUAGACGACGGGGAGAAAAUUGAAGAUGUGGAAGAGAAGAGCGUGAAGUCCAAAGGGGAAGAAAUGCCAUGAUCAAAAAGGUUCAGGCGGCACUGAGUUUUUUGUGGCCUCUCCGCUAGAAAACAACACU